AAAAGAAAGACACUCGUGAUUGAGCCGGAUACUCAUAUUUAAUGGUCAUCGAUUCAUUGAUUGUGCAGGGUUAAAUAUGCUUCUGUCUUUAAGAGCUGACCACAAGAAACAUAUUUUGUUUCUUGUAGAACAAUCAGCAAAUGUUGUACAGGAUUUCUGCAAGUUGGCUUUAGACUAUCUACAGGAUGGACCAAAUAUAAAAUUGUAUAACAUAGCUGCUCAAAAGCUAGAGGCUGAACCAGAGAUUAUUAGAAAUGCUGUCGAAGGUCUUGUCAAUUUGUUAUUGGAAAGUUGUAAAUGUAAGUUGAGCAUCAGUGACUUUCGUGACUCUGUAAUUGCGCUUGGUUUUUCCGGAGAAAAUGAAACUUUGCUCACAAAAUUGUAUGCAACUAAUCAGUCUGAAAUAGCUAAAGUGCUUCCAAACAUUGGGGUGAAAUUAACAGCAUAUAAAAGUAUGGAUUGGAGAUUCGAAACACAGAUCGCUUCUAGAUCAUUGUUAAACCAAGCAACUCCUUUAAUCACUUUGGACUUCCACCUACAAAACAAUGAUUCUGAUAAAGUAGACCAUGUAUAUCUUCAAACUGACCCAAACAAUUUAUUGCACAUCACCAAAGAACUAGAACAGGCACUCCAAGAUGGACGGAGUCAACAUCUACGUAAGAUGGAAAAGAAUAUGAAAUAAAUUGAUCAUAUAUUAUUCGACUAUCAAAUGAGCUGUGUUAUUGAUCUCCAAUCAACAUCCUUAACAAACAUAAUUUCCAGUAAAUCAUGUGAAAAUAAAUCAAUAAAAAUUUGAAGUAUCCUUGCUGAUA